CCGGGAGCAACUUUGUGGUGACACAACACCGUGCAGUUUCACGUUUGAGAUGAUUUUAGAAAAUCCUAUGGAGCUGCAUCAAAUUACGGUCGAGAUUACAGAUAUAAAUGAUAAUUCUCCGACUUUCAAAAGAGAUAGCAUCCAUUUUGAAAUAAGCGAAACUGCUGCUGUUGGUGCGCGUUUUCCAUUAGCAACUGCAGAAGACCUAGAUGUCGGUGUGAAUGGAAUGAAGGAAUACUUCUUGAGUGACAAUGAUAAUUUUGCCCUCAAGCAACAUUCAAAUGCAGARGGAAAGAAAUAYGCGGAGAUGUUGCUUCAGAAGCCAUUAGACAGAGAGACAAACCCCAGCCUCUCUCUGAAGCUGAUCGCUGUGGACGGCGGWAGCCCUCAGAGAUCUGGUACCGUAAACAUUAACGUUGUURUUCUUGAUGUUAACGAUAACGCACCUGUAUUUAAUCAGACUUUGUAUAAAGCUAMAGUGACAGAAAAUGCCGUCAUAAACACUUAUGUUACGACUGUCAAUGCUAGUGACGCAGAUGUUGGAGGAAAUAGUGUUGUGACAUAUUAUUUUUCAGAYCUUUCUAACUCUCUCGGAGAUUUAUUUAAGAUUGAUGAGAAAAGUGGCGUCAUAUUAACUACAGGGUCUAUUGAUUUUGAAAAAGAUAAGAAGUUUGAGCUUCAGAUCCAUGCAAAGGAUCAAGGAGGUCUUACAGAUACUAGCAAGGUGAUAAUUGAAGUAGUUGAUGUAAAUGAUAAUGCUCCUGCCAUAAGCGUGAUGUCAUUUAGCAGUCCUGUAUCAGAGGACUCUCCUCCUGGAACAACAAUUGGCAUAAUAAAUGUGAAAGACCUGGAUUCAGGUGAUAAUGGACAGGUGAGCUGUAGAAUUGAAGGGACAGCUCCUUUUAAGAUCAGGACCAAUCUAAAACAUUAUUAUUCUUUAAUAACAGAUUCGGUCUUGGACCGUGAAAUGUUUUCAGAAUAUAAUAUCACUGUUGUUGCAAUGGACAGUGGAGCACCUUCUCUUUCUGCKCAAAGAAUAUUUAAUGUCAAAGUGUCUGAUGUGAAUGACAACUCUCCRGUAUUUCCAAAGAGUGUUUACAGYGCAUUUAUURCAGAGAAUAAUUCCCCAGGUGUUUCUGUCCUCACUCUGAAAGCCARUGAUCCUGAUGAGAACCAAAAUGCUCGCAUUUCCUAUAUUUUAGAAGGAAAAAAUAUUGCCGGGUCCUCAGUUUCUGAAUAUGUUUCUGUAAAUGCAGAAACUGGAGCCGUACUGGCGGCACGUUCAUUUGAUUAUGAACAAAUUAAAGAGCUAGUUUUCGUCAUUAAAGCACAAGAUGGAGGCUCUCCUCCUCUGAGCAGCAAUGUAACUGUGAAGCUGAUCAUCCAG